GCCGGCGUGGGAAAGCCAGGCAGAGCCGGAGCUCAUACAUACAGGCGAGCGGGGACCGCACUGAGUGCUGCAUACACAGGCCGACCCGGGGAAUAUAUGGAGGAGAGAGGGGGAGAGAAAAAAAGAAGAAGAAAGAAAGAAGAAACUGCAAAGAGGAGCGUGGUUUCGGAGGGGCUAUAUCACGCGUUUGCCUUUGUCCUGUGACCCCCUCCCUCCUGCUACUCCUCUUAUAUCCCCUCCGCCUCCUCCACACCCUCGUCCACACAAAGUUAAAGCAGUGAGAGUGUGUGUGAGUUUUCGUACAACCCUCCACCCCCACCAUUACCACCCCCUCCCCUUGUUUGAGUGUCUCUGCCGGGCUGCUGUCUGUCUGAGGCAUGGGGGGUUAGAGCCUGCACCGUCCAACUACCUGUGUGGCCCCUGCAUGGAGGAGCACCGCCGCCGACAGGGAUGCGUUUGACGCACGGGGACACCGCAUCCACAGACGCGAAUGCCUCCCCAGCGUUCCCUUCACGGACAUGCCGGCGUCACGACAAUUAUUGACUACGUAAGAAAAAGGCAUGGUGGCAUGUGCCAACCUUUUUCUGUGAAUAUGCCUUUGUGAAGUCUCUGGCUCGCCACACUCGCCGGGAUUCCCCCGCAAUACUUUCAGCAAGAGACGAGACUAAAACAAAUCUGCAAAAAUGGACAGAGAGAGUAUUGGCACGCAGUAUGAGCAGGUGGCCGAGAUCGGAGAAGGCGCCUAUGGAAAAGUGUACAAGGCGAGGGAUCUGAAGAACGGGGGUCGCUUUGUAGCCCUAAAAAGAGUUCGAGUCCAGACGGAGGAAGAGGGGAUGCCUCUCUCCACUAUCCGGGAGGUGGCGGUACUGAGGCAGCUUGAAGCCUUCGAGCACCCCAAUGUUGUCAGGUUGUUUGAUGUGUGUACAGUCUCUCGGACUGACCGAGAAACCAAACUCACGCUGGUCUUUGAGCAUGUGGAUCAGGACCUGACCACCUACCUGGAGAAGGCCCCUGACCCCGGAGUGCCACCCGAGACCAUCAAGGAUAUGAUGUACCAGCUGCUCCAGGGCCUGGACUUUCUGCACUCGCACCGCGUAGUCCACCGUGACCUAAAACCCCAGAAUAUACUGGUCACCAGUGGGGGACAGAUCAAACUGGCCGACUUCGGCCUAGCCCGCAUCUACAGCUUCCAGAUGGCGCUCACCUCUGUGGUGGUGACGCUGUGGUACAGAGCUCCAGAAGUCCUGCUCCAGUCCAGUUACGCCACACCGGUGGACCUGUGGAGUGUCGGGUGCAUCUUUGCUGAGAUGUUCAGGAGAAGGCCGCUGUUUCGAGGGAACUCGGACGUCGAUCAGCUGGGCAAGAUUUUUGAUGUUGUUGGGGUACCCUCAGUAGAGGACUGGCCCCAGGAGGUGGCCCUGCCACAGAGUGCCUUCACCCCUCGGCGCCCUAAGCCAAUAGAAGACCUGGUUCCAGACAUGGACGAACAAGGACAGGCCCUCUUAAUGCAAUUCCUUGCCUUCAACCCUUCCAGGAGGAUAUCAGCCUUUGCUGCGCUGAGCCACCCGUACUUUCAGAGCGUGGACAGCCACAGUAGGAGUGUGUACGCAGCCCAGCCCAUCCCCAGCAACAAGCCCACUAUGGAGGAGAGGACUGCCUGACAGUCCUCCUUACACCCUCAGUCAUCCCACUCGGAGCCUAUAAAAAAAAAAAAAGCAUUCGGCCUCACUGCUUCACGGUCCUGCUUCAUUUUUUCACAGCAUUCAAAUCAAACCGUGUGUUUAAUUUACAGUUCUUGACACUGAUCAGCAGAUAAAUAUGAGAUAGAAUGCAUUUAUUAGACCUUUGGCAUCUGUGUAGCUGGAUAUGCAUCAGUGAAGACCUUUCUUUUACAAGAGUGAUGAGGCCGCGGGUGUUAAUGCUUUUACACCCUCUCAUGUUGUACUGUUAUCCUGUUUUUUUUGUUAAAUAACUUUUUCAAAAUGAGUUAGUUUUCAUAGUUGCGAUCCGCUCCUGCUGCAGAUGCAUGUAUCUAAAACUCACAUCUUCAUUAUACACACACACACAAACAAGUGGUUCUAUCAGUUGAGACAAAGCAAGUUUCUCUGAUAAUCAGUGUCAAAAAAACAACAAAACAACAAAACUGUUUAUUCAGUGUCGCAUUUAAACUCGGAAGCAAAACACGAAAUGGACCAAAGGGGGCAAAUACUUUUUUUAUAGUCCAUGUACAGCACUGUGGGGACGUACUCAGAAAAUGAGGGUAUCGAUCGUGUCAAGAAGGAUGACACUCAACACUCUUCCCCUCCCUGAACAAUGCACAAAGCUAUCCUCCUUCCAUGAACUGAUGGAUUGUAAAUGCUGCUUUUUUUUUGUUUAGGUUGAAAGUUGAUGAUGGACUGUGUUAACAAUGCAAAGAGACUUGCAUCUCAGACUGGCUGGUAGUAGUGGACGGAAAAACGGUGCAGAUGCCUCUCCCCGUGACCGGUGUUCAGCCUUGCAAGAGCCCUCUCCACUGGGCCUCUCCACCCAGACCGUGCAGGAGUUGUUGUGUUUUUUUGUUUUUUUUACGUGGAUCUUGUCCACGUUCCAUGCUCGCUGGUUUAUGUGUUGGUAUCAGCAACACUGUGUGUGUGUGUAUGUGUGUGUGUGUGCACUAUCUGACUCAAGCACACUCACGCCAUUCUAAAAGCGUCUCAAGCCAACCACUUGCUGCCAUGUCGAGACUUAUCAUUCCAGUUCUAUGUAUAAUAUCACUGCCACCCUGAGGACGUCCUAAGUAACUGCAGACCAGUAGCAGGAUUCUAAUGGUUUCUGCAUCCCUCCGCGGGACUCGUCACAUCGGGCUGAUAACGGUGCUGAGACAAUGAUGAAAGAACCCUAUAGAAAAGUUCUUGCCACUCACUCGGUGUUCAUGACUUGCUUUGUGCUCGGCCACCGUGGGCGUUUUAUCAUUAUGAAAUACAAUUAUUAUUUACUAUCUGAUACAGUAAUGCACAGGCUUGCAAUAGGUGGUGACCGUCCCACCAGCACUACUCAACAUGGAAACAUUUUGGCAUAGUAUUGUCACCAAUAUUCUGUAUUUAAAUUUAAUUUUAUUGACAAGUCUUAUAUGCUUGUUUUUAUCAAGUUAUUAGAUUUUCUUUUUGUUUUCGAUGCUGGGGCGUACACUAUUCUUACACCAAUUACACCGAACUCCUUAGAUGAUUAUAGGCUUUGUGUGAGAAUAGAUUGACAAUGUAAGGAAUGUAUAAAGGAUAGGCAUUGGUACUGUACAGUAUGUAGUGCAGAGUUCAAGCUGUAAUGGUAGAAAUCUUUUGAUACGUGCAUCAUGUUUUUAAAGUGGAUAGCUGUAGAGGAGCGAGCGAGGGUCAGAGGAAUGUUGUAUGGCAAGAGCUUUUUUUUAUUUCCUAUUGACAAUGUUGAGCGGGUUUCUGUGGGUGCUUGCUGAAUUUCAUUUACUUUUAAUUGAACGUGACUGCCUGUUCUACCGUGGUUUUUAUGUUGAAACAAUGCACAAAUAUUUUAUGUAGAGUUUUGUUUUUUUCUUUUGCUUUAUUUUACAGUUUGUCCUGUUUUAUUCAAGUUCAGUUCUUACCAGCAAGGAAAAAAAAAACAAGUUAUGCAGAGUUGUAUUUUUGUAUGUAAUAGUUCUUGCAGAACAGUAACAUAUUUUAACACUGGUUUACGUUUUCUUAACAGGUAGUGCUGCUAGCACACACACAGACACACACACUCUAACUUUCUCAGGACGUCCAAAUCCUCUUGGACACAGUUUGCACAUCCUUGGGCUACUAACUGACCACAUCACAACUCUUUCAGGUUUUCUUUCGAGCUGUUCCACGAUCGUGUCGUCGAUCUCAGUCUACUGUCAUUCCUGUUUAUCAAAUAUAUGUUACUGUAGUCAUUACUGUCUGAGGAUAACUGCCUGUAUGAACUGUUUUUGACAGAAGCCUUUAAUUGUUAGAAAGCGAACACAAUGUAGAUCCAAGUAUAACUGUUUGCUUGACUAAGCACUGUGUGGAUUUUAUGUUUGAAUAAUAAUAAUGACUCUUAUCUGGUGUCAGUGGUGCAUUCAGUGCAAAUGACAGCUCCAAAUACUUUAGGCGUAGAGGUUUACAAUUUAAAGAAAUUACUGCCUUAGUCUCAUUACACUUGAUACAAUCACUGUAACCUUUUCCUAUGAGUUGAUCAGCUUGUGAUACAUUUCAAUCUUGUAACAUAAAAGUGAAGUCCACUGUCGAGCAUCGAGAACUGUCACUUGAGACCUUGAUCCAUCGUAUAUACUCACAUCACACACACACACACGUUGUUUUUAACAUUAAAUUGAGAUGAGGAACAUCAGUCAUGGCAUUACACUCAUGUAUGAAUACAGACGUUGGUGUCUUAUUAUUGUGUCGCACCAGUUGAAUAAAAAAAACAGCUUUUUA